CUACACGAUGACAGAAGGCGGUGCUACAAGAGUGAAGAGAAAUGGGACUAGGAUCUUCAAAAAUCCUCCGCAGCCUCACAUGUGUAUACGAGAUUUUAUACAGUUAUGUCUGUUAAACAUUUGCCGAGAACACGAGAUGUCUUCUCUUGAGUUGCCAACAUGCGCUUUUCAUAAGAAUACACUUCCAAUGAAAUAGAGUAUUCUCGAGCAACAACACUAUUUUCUCCAAAAUGGAAUAAUUCUAAUAUUCAACAAAUAAUAAAUGUUAUAACAUCGAACGAGGCAGUGAAUAGAGGGUACAGCAGCACCUUGCUUUGUAAAUGUACUAUCCUGGGAUAGAAUCGCAAUGCCAUGUAGACCGUCCCAACCUGUACCACUUUGGGGAGGUAUGAGAGUACCAUCUCCUCGUACAAAAGCGGAAGCUGUGGUCUUUGCUGUUAUGGCUAAUCCGGAGGUGCUUCGUAUUAAUGGCAAAAAUGCAGAAGAUCCAGAAAAACGUUCGUCCCUGAUAGAACUAUUGCUGGAUUUUGUAGAAGCAAUGAAUGCAGGUGUGAUAUUUUCAAGGCGAUACACUAUUUUAAAAGAUCGUGAUAUCACAGGAGAAUUGAAGGAAGUGUGGAACGCGGUACAGGCUCGGCGGGACCGAGAACAACCACCUCCACAACAAGAAACCUGGAUCGACGCACAACCACCUGUUCCACAGUAUCCUCAAUAUCAAGAUCAACAACAGCAACAACAGCAAACACAAAAGCAACAACAACAGCAGCAGCAACAACAACAAGAAUAUACUUCCCAGCAACCUCCUCAAUAUCAUACGACUAAUAUUGUCUUUGCCAGAGCAGUAAGCGGUGAUAUGCAUUACGAUGGUUAUGGUUAUCAAUCGCAAAAGUCUGUCAUUGGGCCAAAUGAUCAGAUUUAUCAAUCAGGUCAAAUAGUAUCUCAACAAUAUGGUAACGUAACACGAAUAGCACAGGAUCGAUAUGAUUAUAGAGAACGUGGUAGAGACAAUAUGGUACAGAAUAUACCACAACAAAGCUGCCCUGCAUAUCCAGGACCACAGUAUCAAUUUCAACAACUGCCAAGGCAAAUGAUGCCACAGUACGUUAAUUCUAAUUUACAUCCAAAUACCACUAAUUUAGGAUAUGGUCCAGCAACAAAUACUAAUGUUAAUCCAAACAUGUCGGCUAGUUAUCAAUCUUAUAUAACUAAUCCACUGUAUCAACAACGAAUAGAAGUCGAUAUACGAAGAAUGCAGCAACAGCAGCAGCAACAACAACAACAACAGCAGCAGCAACAACAACAACAACAACAGUUGCAGCAACAACAACAACAGUUGCAUUUGAAUCACGCGCAACAAGUGCCUCAAUACGAAUCAACGACAGAUUGGCAAACUAUAUCAACGGUUAACGUAUUGAGACUGGGUCGACCACAUAUGGGUGUCGUUCAGAAAAACAAUACGAGUAAGAGACAAGUGAACUCACCUACUCAUGGGAAACAGGCAUCCUGUACCAAUUGCCACAAUAAAUCUACGACUGAUAACGUUACAAAACCUAAGAGCCCUGUUAAAGUAUUACAACGAGAAUUGUCAUCUUCUGUAGAUAGACAGGAUACGAAUAAUCACGCGAUAACAAAUAAUGGUAAAGUAACCAGCACGGAAAAGACAUCUACAGAUGAUACGAAAAAUUUCACGUGUGUUGUUACCAGGGUUGUAAAUGAGGAAGAAGAAAGGAAAAAAGUUAAUGAAAGUUCUUCCAUCGAAUCUAAUGAUACGUCCAAAAAAUCUAUCAUUACAUCUGCGUCAUCCUCAACGUCAUCUUCGUCAUCAACUUCAUCAUCAUCAUCAUUAUCAUCAUCAUCAUCAGCAGCAGCAUCAUCAGCAGCAGCAUCAUCAUCAACAUCAUCAUCAUCAAAUACUCGCGAAAUUAAUAAUUCUGUUGAGAACAAUCAAACAACAACAACAACAACAACAAUGGAUGAAAAUUCGAAACAUUAUGACGUACCUCCUGUAAGUCAAAUAUUGUCUGAUCAAAAGUGUAAUUCAAGAAUUAGAAUAAUAGUAGGUAGAACUAAGCAUAAAGAAAACGUAGAAAAUAAUCGAACUACAAUAUGGCCUCGUUACGUAUCAGAUCAAAAAGUAGAAAGUCCCAAAAGAUCACAAACAAUGGUUAACAAUAGUGUCGUCAUUAAUCCAGGUAUGUCCAACGAGGAUACUAAUUUGAAUAAGAAAAAAACUACUAAUGGUCAAACUAAAGGAAACAAAAAUGGUAAAGGUUAUAGUGAAAACGAAGAUGGAUCUCAGCAAGGAUAUACGAUAUUGAAAAAAACUGAGACUAUUGUUCAAGACGAAAUUAUUAAUGAUAUCGCUCAAAUAUCUAUUCAAGACUGUAAAGACGUAACCGAGAUCAGUCCUGUGCUGCUAUCGUGAUAGCCUAGUUUUUAACAGCGAGUACUACUAGUUGCUACGAUCAAUUAAAUUUAAAUUAAAACAAAACAAAAAAAAAA